AUUUGUAGAGUCUGGAUUUUAACCAACCCCGUCGUCUUGCGGCUGUGGUAGAUUGUGAUAAAUGCUGCAUUGGCGGAGACGAGCUUUCAGAUCAAUACAGUGACGUGAUAGGGACUCUGUGUGGUGGUGGAGACGUUACUAUUUCAACUGACUAACAGAGUAAAUCCUUCCGUUCUUCCAUCAGAAAUUGUGAAUGUUCUGUUAUUUGCAACUGAUUACUGACACUGACAGCAAGAAUUCUUGUUGAUAUUUUGCUGAGAUAAACUGGUUUUGGGGAAUUCCAUUCUUCAUCAAUAAAUCUAGACAGAGGUAGACCAAAGAACAAGACCAGCAGAGCAUUACAUCUGAUACAAAUCUACAGCCUUUGUUGGGGGUUUUGUUUCACACCACCAGUUCCAUGUGGUGAGCAUGUGGAUAAGAACUGAUCUCACUUGGUUUUCCUCCUCUGUUGAUUAGAACAAUAAAGAAUCUUGCUGUUUAGCUAUUGCUAGUUUAUUCUCAUCAUAAGAUGGUUAGACGUCGAGAAGUUGAAGCUGACAACCUACUUGUGGGAGGAAGACCUUUACUUCCUGAAUCCUCAGCUCCUUCUCAGGAGGAUCAUGAUGACUGCAAUAAUAUAAUUGUAUCUACUGAAAAUUUAGGUACCACACCUAGCCAUGUUCAUCAGGAUGGAAAUAUAAGAAACACAAACCAAAGAUAUUCUUCAGCUUUUCAUACUAUGCAUAGUAGCCUGAUGGAAAAUAAUAACUUGAAUGGAAAUGAGUCAGGAUCAUUGAUAUGGAGUAAUGGCUCAAGCCAUAAUAUGUCUUCCUUAUACCAUAGAGACUGGCCAAUUGAUAGAGUGAUGGCAAACAGUGGACCAACUAAUAUUUCUGACAUCAACUCUCCUGGAGUUAGCUUUACUCCUGAUAUUUCUUCCAUAAUGAGUCUCAGUUCCAUUACUUCAACUGCAACACAACGAUUACCUCCACAACAGCUAGGAACUAAGUUUUCAGAAACAACAAAUCAACAUCCUGGGCCAGCUAUUGCUGCUUUAAUGAAGCUGUCUUUUGAUGAGGAACACCGAUAUGCCAUGUGUCAACUAGGUGGUCUUCAUGCUAUAGCAGAACUAAUUCAGAUUGAUCAUAAAGCCCAUGGUAACACUAGUGACUCGUACUGUGUAACAUUGAGACGUUAUGCUGGCAUGGCAUUGACAAAUCUCACCUUUGGAGAUGGCACUAAUAAAGCUCUUUUGUGUUCAAAGAAAGCUUUUAUUUAUGCAUUAGUAGCCCAGAUACAUUCACCAUGUGAAGAUCUUCGACAGGUAACAGCUAGUGUCUUACGUAACCUCUCGUGGCGAGCUGAUUCCAUUAGUAAACAAACCUUGCGAGAGGCUGGGAGUGUCACUACUCUGAUGAAAGCUGCUAUUGAAGCCAAAAAAGAAUCUACAUUGAAAAGUAUUUUGUCUGCACUCUGGAAUCUCUCAGCUCACUGUAGCAGUAAUAAGGCAGAAAUUUGUGCCAUAGAUGGUGCAUUAGCAUUUUUAGUCAGUACCCUCACUUACAAGAGCCCUUCCAAAACAUUGGCAAUCGUAGAGAAUGGUGGUGGAAUUCUUCGAAAUAUUUCUAGUCAUAUUGCUGUUAGAGAAGACUAUCGCAUUAUCUUAAGAAACCAUUUCUGUUUACAGAUUCUUCUACAGCAUCUGAAGUCUCCUAGCCUGACAGUUGUAAGCAAUGCAUGUGGCACUUUGUGGAACCUGUCAGCUCGUUGUGCUGAAGAUCAGAGAACACUUUGGGAAAUGGGAGCUGUAGGGAUGCUUCGCAACCUGAUUCAUUCUAAACAUAAGAUGAUAUCAAUGGGUAGUUCUGCAGCUCUUAAAAACCUUCUUUCUUCGAAGCCUUUAGGAGUUCCAUUGUCUAUCUCAGCUUCUUUGGAAAGUAGUCAGUUUAGGUCUGGAACGGAAAAGAUGCCAUCAUUACAUGUUCGAAAGAUGAGAGCAUUGGAAGCUGAAAUAGACCAAAGUUUAUCAGAAACAUAUGACAACCUGGAUAGUCCCAAAGCAAGCCCAACAUACCAUACUCAACUUGAUGGCAAAUUUUUCUGUGAUACAAAUAUAAAAAAUUCAGAUAGACCUCAGCAAUUGAUUCCUCUUCCAGAAGAAAUGUACCGCAGUGUUCCAGUUAAUCCUGUUCCUCAUUCAGACAGUCAUGACAGUUCUCAGUCAGAGCCCAUCCAAAGACCAGGUUCUGCAAAUGAUGUUUCAUCUUUCAAAAGGAAAAAUUUUAUCCAAUACACUCUUUACACUUCAAGAGCUAGGUUAGAGAUUCCAGUUUCUCUAGUGGAAAGUGAAAUUCAGGAUUUGAGUGGACCCUCUGUACAUCAUUAUGACGAAGAACAUGUUUGCUCUGAAGGAUCUUCUCAGGCUAUAGAGAGUGAACAUGGCACUAUCUUAUCCUGCAGAUAUGUACCUAAGUAUACAAACUUGGUUAAAAAACUUGAAUCUGUAAAUAUUGAAGAGGAAAAUUCUUAUGACCAGGUGACUGAUUAUAGACGUAAAUAUUCUGAUGAGAAUAGUAACCUCUUUUUGGCACAUGGACAUGUUAAUCAUGAUAGAAAUGCAACCCAGCACAAGAGCCAAGAACUAGAUAGCUGUUACACAGAAACGUGUAUUUUUGAAUCUAGAAAAAGUAUAAAUGAUUCAUCAGAUACAGAGUUAUUGCAUUAUUCCUCACAAGUAAAGCCAAUGAAUGAAAAAGAUAAGGACAGUAUUAAUCAGAAAAUUAACUGUAAAGACUUACCUGAGAUGAAUCUAGAGAGACCAGAACAACCAACAGAUUUCAGACUGAAGUAUAAGGAAAAUCUGCAGGAAAUGGAUGAGUAUCAAGAGAUUUCUCUUCAUUCACCAGAGGUUAAAGGGAAUAAAAACAAACACAAACACCCAUCAAUUAAUGAUUACUCAGCGAAUAUAUGCUCGAUUGAAGGGACUCCUUUGAAAUUUUCACCUCCUUCUUCACAAAUGGAUCUUAUUAAUUUUGAUAAUUUAAGAUCCACUGGAAUUACGCAGACUGUGGAAAAUGUCAACUCUUCUGAAGAAAAUCUAGUGUUGUUUUCAAGGCCCAGCUCUUUGAGUACAUCUCACCAAAACUCAAUUCCAAAUGACAAAAAUGUUUCUAUUAGUGAUUUCAGUCAUAAAACGAGUAAGAUGACUUCUCCCAGCAAGUUUCCAGAUUCCCCAACUAAAAGUAUGUCAUUAACUUCUCUUUCAACAAGAAAACCAGUUUCCAACAUACCAAAGAAACUUACAGAUCCUAAUAGUGAAGUAUCUACCAGUUCUAAACCAAAAUUCUCCUUUUCUUGUAAUGCAACAGCUACUUACCAACAAGACCAUGAAGACAAAGAUGGAAUAACUGUAGGGAAAGAGAUAAAAACAUCUCCUGAUAGAAGUCCUGUUGAGGUUUCCAAGAACACAGGUUUAAGCUUUGGUUUUUUAACAAUUGAUGACAAGUUGCUAGCUUCCAAACAAGAAAUAGUUGAGAUUCAGAACACAGAAGUUAGUGGUCUUUUGUGUGAGUCAUCCAACAAUGAUUCAGUAAAUAUUUUCACCACCACCACACAACAUGGUUUUACUCAAAAUUUUAAAUGUCAAGAUUCAACCUCUGCUGUAGAAAAAAAAGAAAUUUAUGAUCAUAGUGUUAAUGAGAUGAAUAUUCAAAGAGUAAGCACUGCUUCUGUAAUGCCUAGUAAUAAUAAUAGUUUGAAUAGCCAAAACAUCAAACUUCAAAGGCAAGUCAGUAACUUAAGUUCAUCACUUAUUCAGCCAAAGCUGAGUAAUGUUCCUUUUAAAUUAAACAACACUAAACUUGAUCAUCAUGUCACUACUGUAGCUGAAUCUUCUGUUUUUUCUGGAGCAGAACGAUUACUAGAAAAAUCUGGUGAAAAACCUCCUGACCUUUUCUCUGUCUCCCCAACAUUUGUCAAAGACACUUCUUCGAAUUUCUCCCAAGUCCCAUCUCUAAGUGAGAUAUCUGUUCCUGCUGGCAAUGAGGAGGAAAGAAGUAAUUCAUCCAAUAUUUCAAACAAUAAUAGCCAAUCUGAUGACAGUGCUUUUUGUGAUGAUAAUGAUAAUAUUUUAUUCCAAUGCAUUCAGUCUGAAGUAUCUAAAGAACAGUCGUCUCUUUCUUCAGAAGCUGUUAAUGGUGCAUGUGGUAAAAGUUGUUCCACACAUACAGAGUUGAAACUGUCUAGUAUUUUGGACAAAAACUUAAGAUCAACUCAUGCCACAUUUACAAAAACUGGAGUUUCAAGCUUGGAAACAAUUAUACCAAAAGAUUCACAGUACAUGUCUCCUAAAUCAGUAACACCUAAACCUGAUCACUUUUGUGUUAACAACAUACCUGAUAUCAGUAGAGUUAAUGAAAAAUACCUAGAUCCCCAUACACAUGAAAGUGAUCCUCUAAAAUUAAGUGACUCUUCAGAAGCUUAUCUUGAACUUUGCUUGAAGUCACCUCAAGCUUAUGCAGCAGACAGAACACCUGAAACUCUCCAUAGAAAUUCUCUCAUUUCCCUUAGUGCAGAAGAUUAUAAAGAUGACAAAGUGACCAGUGCUUGCAUUUUUUCUCAUGACAUAGAUAGCAUGAUUGGCACAACAAAACAAAUGGAAAGUAUGACACAGCUAGCAAACAAACAAGAAAUUCCAGAUGAUCUGACACAAAAUUCUGUAAUACCAAAUAAUGUUGUAGAACCACAAUCUUUGCCAACCCCUAAGGAGAAAAAACGAACAAGAGCAGGAAUCAAACAAAAUGGCUAUCUGUUAUCAAAGGAAGAUUAUGGUACUCAAAGAGUACAUCUAGAAACUGCAACAAGAUAUGGUGUUGAAGGAACUCCUGUUUGUUCCUCAGGGAGUUCUUUAAGUGUUGAUUCUUCAGAACAAGCUUUACGCUCUGGGCAAGGAUUACUGCAUGCAAGUGAAAAUUAUAGAAAAUUGUCAAAGGAAUACAAAGAUGAAAAGACUGAGCUGAAUGUCAAAGAAAUGCAGUAUAGUAUGGAUUUGAUGGAAAUUCCAAUAGUGGAUGAAAAAGGAAAAGAAGAUGAAUAUGCUCAAGAAAAGCAAAUUAUUUCAAAACAGGUUUGUAAGAUGGUUGAUAAUCCAGAAUACACAGAAACAUUAAAAAUAGAAGAUUUAACCGAUAUUCAGUGUGAGGCUCAGAAGGUUAUAGAAAAAGUAGAAUCUGAAUUACAAAGUGACUUGACCGAAAGUAGCAUUAGUUGCCUGUCAGACCUGGAGAAUGCAAAACCUCCAUCUAUGUUUGUUGAUAUAGGAUUCUUAAGCAUGACCAGUAGUGAAUACUCUGAUGCUGCUUUUAAGUGCUCAAGAAAUGCAGACACAGCUAAAACAAAAUAUAGAAGUAAAAAAGGAUCAAAAAGACCUGAGCAGUCAUUCUUUGGAAGUUCAGACAUCAGUAAUGAUGAAACUUCUGGUGAGAUGUUGACAGAUUCUUUCAGUAUGAAAGGAAGUACGGUUUCUGAGGUCUUAGAAAAUGUUAAUCCUCCAUCCUUCAUGAAUGACUUAUCACUUACAGUAAGUUGUUCAAGUAUCAAUAGCAUUAGUUCUGAUGUGUUGGAAAAUCCAGUUCAGUCAAAAACUGAAAUGGACUGCACAAAGGAAAGUGACAUAUUCAACCGUUUGAGUGCUGCAGCAACUGUUGUUCAAGUUUAUUCUCAAGAGCUGAGCAGUAUCACGAGAGGAAGCAUGAACAACAGUUACAAUUCUGGGUUAAUAGACCAUGUAAAACCUCCUACAGUGUAUCAGGAUAUAACAGAAGUGACAGCAGAGGAUAACACUGAACUGGAUUUAGAUACCUUUGCUUCUGACACUGAGUUUGACGAUGAUGAUCUAAGAGAUGAUAAUGACACACCUGUUCCUUCUACUGAAACACUGAAAGCUCCACAAUUGUAUUCUUUACAAAAUGAUGAACAGGGAAGUGUAGAAAAUUUGACUUAUGUUCUUGAUGAAUGUGAAUCUAUGUCUGUAGAUGAGGGAACACUUGUUAAUGAAGAAAGUGAUGGAAACUUGAACUCUGAUAUCUCCAUGUCGAAGGUAGAGGCUGAGGCUUUAAAAGUCAAUGCAAAUUUGGUUGUUUUUACUUUAAAUGAAAUGAAAAAUGAUGAAGUAACUUGUGAUGAAAGUGAAUUUCAAGAUAAUUUGCUAGAAGAUGAAACUUUAUCAUUGGUUUCCAAUGAUUCUGAAGAUGAACAAAUGAGAGAAUUGGAGGUCAGUAAAGAAGAACCUAUAAAACAGGAAAGUCUUAAGAGGCCAUGUGUUAUUAGACCACCAAACAAAGAGACUACCAGACAGAUAAGAGAAAAGAAAGAAAGAAAAUUAGAACAAACUACACCAAAAAUCACCAAAUCCCUGCUUCCAGCUAUGUCACAGAGAACAGCUUAUGGUAGCAAUGAUAAAAAAAAUGCUAAUCAUUCUCAAAUAGGAAGGCCUACAAGGAUUUCUAUGUCUUCUGAGGAACCAACCAGAUCAUCAGCACUGAAAUCUCCUCAGAAAACUGCUUGUCAGGAAAGUACUUGCCCACCAGCAAAAAUAAAUUUCAAACAGACUAUACCUCAACCUGAACAGUUGAGCUGUUAUUUUUCUAAAAGUUCUGAUGAUGGGGAAGGUAAUAUCAGAAAAGAUAAGAAAAACACCUCCAAUAGAUUUCAGGAAAGGCUUUCUUGUAAAAAUGGAGCAAAAACUAAAGAUAAAGAUGCUAAGAUACUACCACACAAACCAUUAGUUAAACAAGGCACUUUCACAAAAGAAGAAUUAAUUGGUGAUUCCUCUCUGCUAUCACCCACAAAAGAGCAACAGUCCCCAUCGAAGUCGGUAGUAUCAAAACAUACAAUAAGAAGCCAGUGGAAAAGUAAGAACAUUCAAAGCAAUAACAAAACUAAAGAUUUAGGAGUUAGAUCAUUGAGAUAUGCUUCAUCUAGUCUUAAUCCAAACCAAGAAGCUAAGCCAAAUAGCUCUAGAAAAAAGGGUUCAAUCAAACAUAAUGACAAUAAGCAAAGUGUAAAUAAACCUGCUGGUUCAAAUAACUUUAGUAGAAGUUCUAGUGCUGAUAGUAAUAGGUACAGUCGGAGUAGUAAUGGCAGUCAUUCAUCUUCUUCUUCCACUGGAACUCUUUCAUUCCAUUCAGGCAUUCCUCAUAAAAGACAAGAAAGAACAAGUAAAGUUGCAUCCUUAUGGAAAAAAAAUGAAACCAGUGUAAAGCAAGCAGAAAGGAAAACUUCUUUUGAAUCAAGUAACAAUAGCUGGGCUUCCUCAAGACAAAUAUACAAGAAGAGCCCCUCACAUUCUAAUAGAGCACAGUCAUCUAUUUCCAUGAUUCCCAAAGCUCCUGGUUUUAACAAAAGUUCUACUUACAAGAAAUAUCCCUCCAAAGACCAACCAGAUUUCCAUAACUCUCAGCGACGAAGUUUUGGUUUAAGAAAAAAUCAUAAUGUAGAACUAAAUGCACCAAAAAGUACUGAUAGGUCUAAGACAAAAGAACUAAAUUUGCAGGCUUCAGAUGUUAACUUUAGUUCUCAUACUGGCAGAGGAAGAACUGUUGAUGGGGACACUAGAGCUAGUAGUUUUUCAAGAAGGACAUUAGAUUCAAAUAGCAGACAGCAGGUAAGUAAAAUAUCUCAUUGUAAAGGAGGAGAAGAACAUGGUGAAAGGGGUCAGGAAAAGUCUUUAAGAGAUCAUAUCUAUAAUCCACAUGCUUUUCCACACCAUGCACAGAAUCGAGGAAUCUCUCAUCUUCCCACUCAUGUAGGAAGUAAAAUAUCCAGUGUUCAUCACCAACCAUUAGGUUUUCCAACACACAGCAAGACAGUGGCUGCUCGAGCCUCAGCAGUAGUUGCACCCUUUAACUAUGUUCCAUCUCUGGCUUGUAUAACUCAACAGAAAUCUGAAAAUGAAAAGACUCGGCAAGAUAACAUCAAUGCAAAGCAUGUGUCAUCUCAAAAAGAUCUGGUUUUCAGUACUGAAGAAGAGAGGAAUUUGAAAGAUAAGUGUCAUCUUGUUACUGCAGUAUAAAGCCCAUUCUUCACAUAAGUUUAAGUAAUGAGAUGUUAGUUUGUUUCUUUUUACAUAGAAGUAGAUGUAAAUUAAUAGUAAACUCCUCCAUCAGGCUAAAUGUUGAAAAUUCUCAAGCUUCUAGUAAAAAAUGAAAACUGCUAAAUUUAGCUUUUGUUUUUAAUCUGGAAGAUUGAUUGCCAUGUUCAAAAUAGCUUAUAAGCUGUCUCUAUGUUUAUGUGGUAUUAAGUUGGUGCAACAAUGCUGAUUUCAUGCUCAACUAUUAGAACUUGAACAUGUUGUGUGCAGAACAAACAUUUAUGAAAGCAUAAUUAAAUAAAUAGUUGAAGCAACAGUACUGUAAUUGUAAUAUAUUCAGUAGUUUAUUGCUGUAAAAAUCUGAAAAAAAAAGCUGUUAGGGAAGUUGCUCAUUCAAAUGCUUUAUAACUAGUUCUAUACAGGACUAUGAAAAAUUUUGUAUAUACUGACUAUAAUAUUCUUUGUAAACAUACAGCAGUUGAACCAUAUAAAACAGAACUAAUAGUACAUGAUUCUUCUACUAAACAAUUUAAUGUCAGUAAAAGGUAAAAAAACAAAUUCAGUUCUUUAACAGCAAUACAUGGCACUUAUUAUAUAUAUAAGUGUAUUAUGACCUGACUUUUUAUAAACAUUUUCUCCUCAGUGAUGGUUUUUUGAGGAAAUUGAAUAGUGCACAAAAUGCUUUUAAUACUCAUUUUGCAAAAAAUUCUGCCAACAUUAAAAUAUAAUACAGAAAUUAUUUAUUUGAAUACUGAUGUAUUAGUAAAUAGUAAUUACAGGUUGUCCUAAAAGUCUGGAACCAUAAGUACUUCAAUGAAUAUUACAGAAAAACAUGCUGUCUUUGUAAUUUGAAACAAGUUUGAAAAUGAUAGUUCCAUUUUCUUUGAACACUGCAAAGCAUAUUCGUGUCAUUGUCGAUGAUCCAACACUCAUUGCAAAUUUGUUGUUUCAGAUGCUUGGUAUCCAAAAUCUUCUCUUUAUACACACAUGUCUGAACAGUUUCCAGAAAAAAGAAAUCCCUGGGAAUUAAGUCCAGAGAUCUUGGGGCCCAUUCCUUGGGACAAUGCCUGGGAAGUUGUCAUAAUCAGUCACAUAUCUGAAAUUAAGAAAAGCUGCAAAUCACCCAUGGUUCCAGACUUUUUGGACAUCCCUUAUAAUGACAAAAAUUGUUUCCAAACUUUGCAGUUCUCUCUCAUUUUUCUAAAACAGUAGUUCCUAUUAAUUCUUGCUCUCCAAAGACUUGAUUCAUUAAGUUUUACUGGUGUCUGAAGUACAACAGAAAGUCAUCAGUUUGCUUGUUUACAACAGAAAGUCAUCAGUUUGCUUGUUUACAACAGAAAGUCAUCAGUUUGCUUGUUUGCAACAGAAAGUCAUCAGUUUGCUUGUUUACAACAGAAAGUCAUCAGUUUGCUUUUUUGCAAAAGAAAGUCAUCAGUUUGCUUGUUUGUUGGAGAUUAGCUUUCUUUUUUUAGUCUAAUGAAGCCAAAUAGUUGCAAGAUAUUAAAAAAAGUUUUGUGAUUGUUAUAUACGUUUGAGUAAUCAGUCUCAUUGUAUUAAUACAUAGUCUAAAAUUGGAACCACUGGAUCAGUUACUUAAAGUAAAGCUAUUUCUUGUUACAAGUCAUUCAGUUUUGUAAACCUGGACAGUUACUAGUCUUUUCAUAUCAUACUUAUACAAACUGACAUUAUUAGUCAGUGGUUUUUUACUUUUUCUGUUAAUUUUUCUUUAUUUUUAGCAAAUUGUAUAUGUUGGUUAGUGUGAAUGAAUAUUCUCAUGUUAAGCACUUCGAUCAAGGUUGAAGAAACCAUUCAAAUAAUGGAAGAUUAUGAAUUCAGGUGCACGUAUUUUACUUUUUUGAGUUAGAUAGUAAGACUAAGGAAUUUAGCUUUGCACUGACUUUUUUUUCAGUUAUGAUAUGUUUAAAUCUUGUCAAGUUUAUGAGCUGAAAUUGAAUUUAAAGUAAAUUAUAUAACUGUUAAGAUCUCAUUAUUAGAUAAUAAAAAUGAGGUUUUGUUUUUUCU